GGCCGCGCGGCGCGCAGGCUAUGUGUACACCUAGGUAGGCCGUGCCCGUCGGGUGUGGUAGGGGACCGGCAGCGGCAGUCUGGAGACGGCAGCUAGUGGAAGGGCGGCGGAUCCUCGCUAGGUGCUAAGAUGGAUCUUGUACUCAAUGCUGCAGAUUAUUAUUUUUUUACACCCUAUGUAUAUCCAGCUACAUGGGCAGAGGAUGAAACUUUGCGACAAACUAUUAGUCUCCUGAUUAUAACAAAUCUUGGUGCUUAUAUCCUUUAUUUCUUCUUUGCAACACUGAGCUAUUAUUUUGUCUUUGAUCAUUUAUUGAUGAAACAUCCACAAUUUUUAAAGAAUCAAGUUUAUCGAGAGAUUAAGCAUACUGUCCAAGCAUUGCCAUGGAUGAGUAUUCCCACAGUUGCAUUGUUCCUGUUAGAGGUGAAAGGUUACAGUAAAUUAUAUGAAGACAUAGGAGAGUUUCCAUUUGGUUGGUUUCGACUUGUUGUUAGUGUAAUAUCCUUCCUCUUUUUCACUGACAUGAUGAUCUAUUGGAUUCACAGAGGCCUUCAUCAUAGGCUUUUAUAUAAGCGCAUACAUAAACCUCAUCAUGUUUGGAAGAUUCCCACUCCGUUUGCAAGUCAUGCUUUUCACCCUGCAGACGGUUUCCUUCAGAGUCUACCUUAUCAUAUAUACCCUUUUAUCUUUCCUUUACAUAAGGUAGUUUAUUUAGGUUUAUAUGUUUUGGUCAAUUUCUGGUCAAUUUCCAUUCAUGAUGGUGAUUUCCGUGUCCCUCAAAUCUUAAAACCAUUUAUUAAUGGUUCAGCUCAUCAUACAGACCACCACAUGUUCUUUGAUUGUAACUAUGGACAGUAUUUCACACUGUGGGAUAGAAUUGGAGGCUCGUUCAAAAAUCCUUCUUCUUUUGAAGGGACGGGACCGCUUAGCUAUGUGAAGAAGGUAAUAGAAGGAAAAUGCUGCAGUAAUGCAGGAAAUGGUUGUAAAAAUGAAAAAUUAUUCAAUGGAGAGCUUUCAAAGAAUGAGUAGAUUAUUACCCAGUUAAUCUUAAAUAUUUUUAAUAAGGCAAAAUAAUCUACAUACAGUCAAGAGACAUAGCAAAUAAAUGGUAUCAUUUGAAAAUUGGCAUUGUGGGUACCACUGAGGAAUGAGCCUAAUGGUAGAUGAAGGGAAGAAGCUGUGGGCCCCAAGAUUUUAACCUCAUGCCUAAAAUACCAGGUAUCGACAACUUAUGUUUUUCCAGCACACAAAUCUGUAGUUCAUAUAGGUUCAACAACAGUUUUUAAAAAGACAGAAUAAAUAAUUGAGGGGACUAGGUUAUGUGCUUUUGCCUUAAUCCACCCACAUUCAUUAAGAGAAGUUCGUUGUGCUUAAUAAUACCAUGACUAAGCACCGUUAAUGGAGAAAUACUAAUAUAAAGUGGUUCCUUGUUUCAGAAAUGGCUAAGUCUCCAGUAUUACGAUGGUAAUAAUGUCCAAAUGAAAACAUCAAUGUGAAAAAAAAAAUCCGAUUUAUUAGUGGCUAUAUAAAUGACCUAAUUAAUAGCAAGUGUAAUUAGAUUACCAUCUUCCUAUGCAUAGGAAGCUCAUUCUCUGGAGGACGUUGUCAAAUAUCACAUUUUACUGAUAUAUAAAUAAAUCGGAAUCUUUAAAAAAAUCACUUCUACCAUGAUUUAAUCCAGAUACAGGAUUAUUUAACUAAAGAUUUUGAUUAUUAUUUAGAAACCAUUAUUUAAUGACUCUAAAAAUAUAUGAAUCUGAAUAUAUUUGAAAGGGAAAUUUGAUACCUGAGUAAUAUAUUUGACGCUACUGAUGUUUUAAGUUAAAUCAAUGCACUGCACUUUUGAUAUGUUUCAAAAUUACGAACCUGUAAUUUUCUGUAAAAGAAAAUAAUUGCCAGAUAUUUAGACCAGUCGAUGAGGAUUAGUUUUGAAGUCUUAUUCUCCCUCUUGUCCACCUCUUUUCCCUACUUCAUCUGCAAAUGAUUUAGCAGAUACUUGCAUAAAGAAAUGUGUGUUGUAACAUAAAUAUAUUGGGGAAAAAACAUGGUUUGCAAAGCCAUUCUAUAAGCUAUUUAUGUGAAAUCAAUAAAAGUUGAUUAUGACUAUUA